CGCACUUGUCCCGGUGUUCGUCAACUUUAAAGGAAAGUCCAAAUAUAACUAACUUCCCAAGAGAUGGAGUCAGAAAGAGAGGAGACGCUAAAGGAGGAGGAGGAGGAGGAGGAGAGGGUCAGCGGAGGAGAGCCGACGAAGGAGGAAGACAAUGAGCCGCUCCAUGGUUCAGCUGCUCGUGAGCUUCUCCUGAAGCUGGAGCAGGAGGCCCCCGAGUCCCACCGGCUGAACUCCCACAACGAGAGCCGGCUGCUGGCCGUGGCCGCCAGCUUCCAGCGCCAGUUCUCUCAGCUGCACCCCGCCCGCAAGCCGCUGCUGCUGAGCCCCCUCAACGAGUGUGGCGUUCAGAAGUUCGUGUCCACGACUCUCCGGCCCACGACCACCGGCCUCCUGAAGCUACGCACCUGGGCCGGCUGCGCCUCCUUCGUGGCCGACUUCCUGUCUCUGGAGCCGCUGGAGCCGCUGGUGGACCCGCCCAGGUUCCUGCUCUCCUCCAGCCUGGUGCUCCAGGCCCAGAGGGCUUCCUGUCUGGCCUCCAGCACCCUGCUGUGCAGCCUGUUGCUCGGCAACAACUACGAUGCGUACUGCGUGAGCGGCUACACCGUCAGGGAGGUGUGUGAGCUGGACCGCAGCGCGCUGCACUGCCCCCUGCUGGACGUGCAGACGGAGGUCGCCGAGCAGGAGUCUCCGGAGGACAAGUACUUGGUGAAACCUCAGAAGGAAUUCAAGAGUCGGUUUCUGACGCAGCAAGAAGAGAAGAAGAAGCAGCAGGAAGCAGAGCGCCAGAGGAAGCAGGAGCAGGAGAUGGAGCAGCGACCCGCCGACCCCCUGUGGGGCCUGCGGGUGCACUGCUGGGUUCUGGUGCUGUCGGGCUGUCGGGGCGUCGAGGAGAACUUCUUCAUCGACCCGCUGAGCGGGAGCUGCUUCGCCACCGGCCACGAGCACUUCCUGGGCGUGGAGAGCGUGUGGAACGAACUCAACUACUACGUCAACAUGCAGGACUGCAGCCGCGGCUGUGCUGACAUGACCUUUGACCUGGAGGAUCUGGCGACGUGGGAGCCGCUCCUCUACGGAGCGAUCAGCAGGAAGCAGAUUCUGCUGGAAGUUGCUAAGAGCAAAGAGGUCGAGAUGAUGAGCAAAACCACCCAUAGUCCUGAGGAGCACCAGGCGGGGCGCCGGAUGCUUUGGAUGCCGCGAUCCUGGAUCAGUCCCAUCAGGAUCUCAAAAGAAGACCUGGAGAGACGCUGGCCGGGCCGGCAGAACCUGACCCGCUACAGGAAAGCCAAGCUGGAGGCGUUCGCUCCGUACCUGAUGUCACACGGCCUGGUUCAGAGGCUGACCACAUACAGGGACCUGGCCUGCACUGAGGAGCUCACGGUGAAGGAGUGGUAUCAACACAGAGACGACCGCCUGGAGGAGGUAGAGGUCAACAAGGUCGACGGCUUCACCAUCGAGCGCUUCAAACGUGGACGACGUUUUCACCUUUUACUCCACAGGUUCUCGUCCCAGAGCGGUGAGCACGAGAUGCUCUUCAGCAGCGCUCACAUGGAGGAUCUGGUGAGGAGGCUGCUGUUGCCGGGCGAAAUGACGGAGACCUUCAACGGCCGCGGGGACCGCCUGUUCUACCGACACGUCGUCUUAGAAGACCAGCAGCCAAAGAAAGUGGUGGAGCAUUUCCACAGGAACCAAUCCAAACUGGCCUCCGAUGACGUGGCCAAGCGAGUGUUCUUAUUGGACCUGAACCAGAUCGAGUUGACCUACCAUCUCGAGGACGACGGGUUCAUCGCCGCGACGAGGAGCAUCGAUAUUCCGAAUCUGCGCACGCUGACGAAGAGAACACAGGAGGAGGAGCCUGACUGAGCUGCUUCUGAGAGAUCGUGUGUGUGUGUGUGUGUGUGUGUGUAGGUGGAACCCUCUCCGAAGCCCCUGAAGCAUCUGUCCACCAUUAAGAUGCUGUACCACCUGAUGGACGAGGAAGAGAAGAUGCUUUUACAAAUCGAAGAUUCCCUGAAAGAGGUAUAAAAAAAGAUGAAGAAAGUCCUGGCCUGCAGAGUGAAGGAGAAGCAAGACGUCCGGCUUCACUUCUCCCCGUGGACGGCAACCGGAGAAGCCAGGGCCCGCAGCCAGAGACAGGAUAUGGAGCGCCAGGCUGCCGAGGAGCAGCUGUGGCUGCAGCAGAGGAAGACGGACUUCCUGGCUCCCUUCCUGCUCCGGCUGGACGGCCCCGAGACGCUGAGCGCCGCCGACGCCGAGCGGCUCCACCGGGACGUCGUGGCCGACGGCAAGCAGAGGCUGCUGGAGAAGGCCGAGCUCAUUCAGACGCUCUGGGAAGAGGGGACCCGGGCGCUGCAGAUGAAGCAGCAGUCGUUCCAGGAGAACCAGUCGUUCCAGGAGAACCAGUCGUUCCAGGAGAAGCUGCAGCAGGACGAGCACGACAGCUACUGCUCUGAGAAGACGCUCCAAAUACACGUCGCCAAGCAACGCCUCCGCAUGCACAUGGAAGCAGCUCCUCUGGAGCUCCAGAAUUUGACUGUGAGGCUGAGGAACGACCCUCGCCUGGCCCCUCACCUGGCCCCUCGCCUGCCUGCUCUUUAAAUACUGAAGUGCAUGACUCAUGUGCUCAGACUUUCCUCAAGAGCCUCAUUCAUAAAUCCUCGCAUAUGGUUAUUGUAUCAAUUGGCUUCAGUGCAAUUCAUUCAAACAGGAGUAUUUAUAUAUGAUAUGUUAUAUAUAGGAAGGUAAAGUAAUUUGAUUACUCAUCAAGUGUCGUCAGUGCGGGAGUCCAUUCACCGAUACUCUACGCAUUCAGAGAUGUAUAUUUUGUUUUGCACAGUAAUAAAGCAAACACAUGUUCAUUCAUAUAUAGAAACAUUCAUGUUACUGUACUCAUGAUUGAAUAGAUGUAACCUACUUUUUGACCUGUUUUAUCAUACCAAAUUAUAUAUGGAUUGUAUGUAAUAAUGCCAUUACCCCCCCCCCCCUCCCCACACACACACACACUCCCUCCUCCCCAUUAAUGCUAAAUGGAAGAUGGUCCAGGUGCAUUUCUUCUAUUCAAAACAAAUCAAAAUCUGUUAAAGUUUGGUAAAUCCUCUAUAAAAAAGGCAUGCCCAAAACACAGGUAGGCAUAUUGGGUCAUACAUUGAUAAUCAGAUGAUGUCAUCACAAUUUGCCUGGCAGUGUUCUUUCUUUUAAAUCACACCAUUUAUAAAUGAUAUGUAUACCAUAAAAUGACACUUAAUUAUUAUGUACGACACUAUGUCAUUUGUAUUAGACUAUGUUGAAUGUUUGUAUGCACAACUUCAUCGUGACAUACUCCACUGUGACAUUUUUGGUAAGUGCAUUUUCACUUCUGUCAGUACCUAAAAUCUAUUAAAAACAAAUGAUGCAGUUGCUGUGGCCCUGGAGGUUUUAGAGUUUAACAAGCUCCCAACUUGCUGUUCAAAAGUG